AUGACACAGAAAAUUAGAGCUUCGGAGGAUGUCUUGCGGUCAAUUCCUCCUCCAGGACAAACAUCCAUAUUACCAAAAGAUGGAGAAACUAACAUCCUGAUCACUUCUGCGCUGCCUUAUUGCAACAACGUACCGCAUCUUGGCAAUAUCAUCGGAAGUACGCUAAGCGCUGAUGUCUUCAGUCGAUAUAACAGAACAAAAAACAGAAGAACGUUGUAUAUCUGCGGUACCGACGAGUAUGGUACUGCAUCUGAGACUCAGGCACUGAAAGAGGGCAUCACUCCGAAGGAGUUGUGCGACAAAUAUCACGCACUGCACAAAGAAACGUAUGAGUGGUUUGACAUUGGCUUUGAUCAUUUCGGGCGAACUCCUACUCGUCAGCAUACAGAAAUCUGUCAAUCGAUUUAUACAAAUUUAGGGAAGAAUGGGUUGCUGGAGAAACAGGUCAAAGAACAAACUUAUUGCGAAGGUUGCAACAAGUUCUUAGCAGAUCGUUAUGUGGAGGGAAUUUGCCCCAAUUGUGGCUAUAUCGAUGCCCGUGGUGACCAAUGCGAUGGCUGUAGCCGAACACUAGAUGCUAUAGAUCUAAUUGAGCCUCGCUGUUUGAUCAACAAAACCCAUAGCGUCGUUCCUCGAUCCUCUUCGCACAUGUAUUUCAGGUUGGAUGCUACUCAACCGCGCUUGGAAGACUGGAUACGACAUUCAUGGAAGAAAGGCAAAUGGUCGCCCAAUGCCACGAUCAAUGCGGACGGAGAAAUUAUCGAUGCGCGCAUGAAGGGAGGUCUGAGGCCGACUCCCGUAACGAGAGACCUUACAUGGGGUGUUACAAUACCACCUUUAGGAACAGAUGACGAUAAAGAGAUGGAAGGGAAAGUCCUUUACGUUUGGUUCGAUGCAGUCAUAGGUUAUGCCAGUAUUACCGCUGAGUAUACACCCGAAUGGAAGUUGUGGUGGCACAAUCAGGAAAACGUUCAACUUUACCAGUUCAUGGGUAAAGACAAUGUGUAUUUUCACACAAUAUAUUUCCCCGCCAUGCAGCUUGGCGAUGGACGACCAUGGACAACGCUCCAUCACGUUUCGACAACAGAAUAUCUAAAUUACGAGGGAGGCAAAUUUUCCAAGAGUAAGAAUCGUGGGGUGUUCGGCCCCGCUGCCAGAGAGACUGGUAUUCCUGCUUCUGUAUGGCGAUAUUACCUUUUGUCAACCCGGCCAGAGACAGCGGACUCUAUGUUCUCCUGGGCAGACUGUAUUGCGGCCAACAAUAAUAUUCUGUUGAACAACUUCGGAAACUUUGUUAACCGACUCUUGAAAUUCGUCUCUUCGCAAUAUGAUGGAAUAAUCCCCGAUGGUGGAGAAGCUCCUGGACCUCUAUCACCCAACGACGAGCUUGAUGGAGAGUUUAUUAACGAAGUCAACUCUCUUCUCAGAGAUUAUACAGCAGCCAUGGAUAGCGUCAAAAUCAGACUUGGACUUCAGACAAUCAUGUUGAUAUCAAACAGAGGCAACAAUUACCUUCAGUCAUCCAAGCUUAACAAAGCAUUGAUGACAGAAAAUCCCCAGCGGUGUGCCCAGGUCGUAUCGCGCGCCAUCAACCUGAUAUACGUGUUGUCCGCCCUUAUAUACCCUUUCAUGCCCGCCACAUCAGAUUCCAUACUAGUCCAACUCAACGCACCUGCACGUAUUGCCCCUGAACUGCUCUCUAUCGAUAUCCUUGCUGGACACCAGAUCGGCAAACCUGAACAUUUGUUCAAAAAGAUUGAUGAGAAGAUGGAGGAUGUAUGGAAGGCAAAAUUCGGAGGUGCGCCAGAAGCGACGCCAGCGGUUGAUGGUGCACCAGUAUCGAAACGAAAGGCCAAGAAGGCAGCCGUUGCGGAUGCAAAAGUUGAAGUGUCCACAACAAGCGGACCUAAAUCCCCGGAAGUCAUUGCGCUGGAAGCGAAGAUCUUAGAACAGGGACAACUGGUUCGAAGUCUGAAGGAACAAGCCAAGGAGGCACAGGUCAAAGAAAAAAUCGACGAGGCUGUGACGGAAUUGAAGCGAUUAAAGACUCAGCUUGUUUUGUUGGAGAAAGCUUGA